AUGGCAGCAGCACGUUCUACUUGGUUGAUCACUGGCGCCUCCUCGGGCAUGGGCAAGUCGCUUGCUUUUGAAGCUCUCAGGGCCGGCUACAAGGUGAUUGGAACCACCCGCGACGUUGCCAGUGCUGAAACCGCCUGUCCUGAUUUCUCGGCCAAAGGCGGCAUUUGGAUGGGGUUUGAUCCUGCUAGAAAGGAUUCCUAUGAACAAUUUGCCAAGUGCUCUGCAGAACACAAUAUUGAUGUCCUGGUCAAUAAUGCAGGCUAUGCUUUCAUCGGUGGUGUUGAAGAUACCAGUGAGAGUGAAGUUCGUGAUCAAAUGGAAGUCAAUUUUUAUGGACCUCUUCGCACUGUCCGAGCCUGUCUUCCAGUCAUGCGUGCAAGAGGCUCCGGUCACAUCAUUCUGAUUAGCAGUGGUGCUGGCUUCAUAGCCCGGCCUGCACGAGGUACCUAUUCUGCCAGUAAAUUUGCCAUCGAAGCUAUGCAUGAGUCGCUUUCCAAUGAGAUUAAGACUCUUGGUAUCAAAGUCCUCAUAGUGGAGCCGGGUGCGUUCCGUACGCCAUUUACAAGUCGGAUCAUCACUCCCGCCCAGUUUGAGAAUGGCUUCAGUGAGGGUUACAAGAGUACCUUGGUCGAGCAGAUGGUCGCUGGAACUCGACAAAUGAUGUCGGUUCCAGACUUUGUUAAAGGGGACCCUGAUAAAGCAGCACGGGAAAGUUACCUUUCAUGA